GCGGCGGCGGCGGGGCGCAGCGCGGCGCAGCGCAGGCGGGCUGCACGGAUGAGGCGCAUGCGCGUUGCGGACGGGCGCUGGGGCUGUAACGCCUGGGCGCGGAGACGCCAGGCGGGGCGCCUCGCUGGUGGUGGCGGCUGCCGCGGCGGCGGGGGGGCAGAGGCAUCCGCACCGGGCGGCGGCCAAGAGGGCUGGCGCGGCCAGGCGCAGGGCUCGCCGCAGCAGCUGGCGGAGCGAUAUGCGGACCUGGCGGCGAGCCACAGCGAGGUGCUCCGCAAGGGGGAGGAGCGCGAGUGGCACAACGCGCGGCUGCGACAGGAGAACGCGCGGCUGCGGCUGGAGAACCGCCGCCUGCGCCGCGAGAACCGCUGCCUCUUCCGCCAGGCCCUGCUGGGGCCCGGCGCCGGCGGCCCCAACAAGCCCGCGGUGGACCCGGGCGAGGAGGCGGAGGUUCUGCGCGCCCGGCUGGGGCAGCUGCAAGAGAAGCAUCGCAGGGCCUUGCAGCAGCUCCGGCGCUGCCGGGCGGCCGGCGGGUCGGAGGCCUCGGAGCGGAACGACGGAGAGCUGGACGAGCUGUUAGAGGAGGACGAGGAAGAGGACGAGCAGCCUCUGAACAAGAGAAACCUGCUGUCGCCCGUGUAGGCGGCCCUGCGCGCGGCCGGGGAGGCCGCCGUGAGGGGGCGGAGCCGAUGGGGCUGCGGCCUUCUUUUCAGCCCGCUCCUGCGGGUAGCGUCGGGUCAGGCCGGUGGCCUGAGCCCGUAAAGUGUCUUGAGCAGCUCUCACUGGAGCAGGGUGUGUUCUGCGCUCAUCGAGCCAGGUCUUUUCUGAAGAAAGGUCCGGGAGGAGCGGGUUGGGGUUUUUUUUGAUACAUUUUCCAGAGUUGUGGCCAGGAAGCUUUGACCAUGAUCCAAGAGAAACAAGUUUAGCUGGAAGAGACCCGCAUUCUAGUGGAGGAAUGGCUUGAGGCAGUCUUCAUGUAUAAAUGAGCUAUGGUGAACACAAGAGUUGGUCUCACGUCACUCCAUAGCAUUGAACUGUGCUUUGUUCCAGGGACCAGCUGUGGAUCACCGUCUUUCUCUUUGAGUUAGUGGCUGUCGUGUAGGCCUCAGUAGCCAUGGAGACUAUCAAAAAGUGGCUCUUGACUAGUUCUUAGUAGUCUAUCUGUUAGGAAAGGGAGUGGAGAAAGCUUAUAAGCUCUUUAUCAGCAUUCCAGUAAAAAUUGGUUGUUUUAACUCCUCGGACUUGUCUGGAUGUUACUGCAAAACAGUGUUUGUGUCUUUAAUGAUGGACUUUGUUCACCGUCAAGUGAAUACUGAGUUUCAGAGCUUCACAUAAAACUGCAGCUAAGAACAAAUAAAACCAUGACACACCAAA